AUGUUACCCUCAUGUCGGAACUUGCUCAGCGGAACGAUGCGUCUUGCUGAACAAUCAUCCCGAACGAUAGCUCGUAUACCACAUUAUGAACACCACAUAAGAUUUAGCCCUAAGGAUGGUAGAAAACGGCCUUGUCAGGAUGUAUUGGAUAGGUUUAAACGUCUUGGUAACGGAAUGUGGAUUCGUGCACACCCUGGUAAAAAUAAACUCCGAUAUGCAAAGGACGAUAAAUUCCAAGAGACCAGUCUAUACCUCGAAACUUGUACAGAGGAGGAAUGUCAAAUGUUGGAUAAAAUGAUGACACCAUUCUGGCUUCGUCGUCAUCAUUACCCGAACGAUCCCUACGCCCCCUACCACGUCCGUCAUGGUAUCAAGAGUCCCCGAGUAGACGACAAAGGCAAAUUGGUGCGGGAGAGACCGAAAGUUCUUCUUGACGACACGACUGCUGACCGAUACUUCCACGAUAGAUGA